AUGCUGAGGAGACGUAACCUUCUCACCACACUUCUAAUUGCUUUGCCAUGGGGUCUUCUACUAACUUUGUGGCAUCAGUAUCCAACCGCCCGUUAUCUGAGCCUUCUAAGAAAGGAAACAGAUGAAAAUGGCACAGCUAAGUCACUCUUCAAUGGGACAUCUCUAGUGAGGGAGGAUGGGCUUGCAUCAUGCACUCGGCAGCCAGCCAUUGGGACAGCUCCCAAAAUAAUCCGGAAUUAUGUGUACUCCAGGCCUCCUCCAUGGUCAGACACAUUGCCUGCCAUAUUUGUGAUCACACCUACCUACACUCGACCAGUACAGAAGGCUGAGCUGACCCGACUGGCGAAUACUUUCCUUCAUGUACAGAACCUCCACUGGGUAGUAGUGGAAGACUCUCCUAGAAGAACCAUCCUGGUGUCCAAUCUACUGGAGAAAGCAGGGAUUCAUUUUACUCACCUGAAUAUCGAGACUCCUAAGAGUCUGAAAGUAGGUUUGUCCUGGAUUCCAUCUCACACUCCCAGGGGCACAUUCCAGAGGAACCUGGGACUGCAUUGGCUUAGGGAAAGCUUUAGCGCCACACCAGUACCUGAAGGCGUAGUAUACUUUGCAGAUGAUGAUAACACCUAUAGCCUGGAGCUAUUUGAAGAGAUGCGCUACACAAAGAAGGUAUCUGUCUGGCCAGUUGCUUUUGUUGGUGGUCUCCGGUACGAAUCCCCCAAAGUGAGUCCAGCAGGCAAAGUUGUAGGUUGGAAGACUGUGUUUGAUCCCAACCGGCCUUUUGCUAUCGACAUGGCUGGCUUUGCCAUCAGCAUAAAACUGAUUUUGGAGAAACCACAGGCCAGUUUCAAGUUGGAUGGAGUGAAAGGAGGCUACCAAGAAACUAGUUUAUUAAAGGAUCUGGUGACAAUGGAUGGACUGGAGCCUAAAGCUGCCAACUGCACAAAGGUUUUGGUCUGGCACACAAGGACUGAAAGGCCAACACUAGUUAAUGAAGGCAAACGUGGAUUCACAGACCUAAGGGUAGAAGUGUAG